AUGGUUUGGCAAUAUUAUCGGGAACAAGAAUUCUGUGGAAUGGAAAUAGCUGAAUACACAAUCGAGCCAACAAUUGCAUCACCGGUAAAACUGUGUCGAGUAUGCGAUGACAAAAGUGACGGAGCACAUUUCGGCGUUGAGUCUUGCCGGGCAUGUGCGGCUUUCUUCAGACGAAGCGUUGUAAUGCGAAAGAAGUACAUUUGUCGACAAGGCGGCGAGAAUUGUCAGAUCAACAAGACGGUUCGAUGCAUGUGUCGGUGUUGUCGCUUUAACAAGUGCUUAAAAAUGGGAAUGAUGAAAGAUGCCGUUCAAAGUCCCCGCGAUCAAAUCGGGAAACGCUCCGAGCAGCAGCAGCAACAGUACGCUGAAAUCAAACAAGAGCACGCUGAUUCAACGAGUGGCUACUAUGAUCCACUUCAUUGUGAGCAACCGCUUCUUGACUCUUGGGAUGUGUACAUAACGGAAGAGGUAGCGAUGCCGAUUCUAAAGAAAAUCCAAGCCGGCUACAACGAGUUGCGAGCGAGGAGAGCACAGUAUCGAUACGAGGUACCGAUGGAGCCGAUCACGAUGGAUACGGAUCUAAACGUUCCACGCCGAAUCACUCACAAGCACGGGUUUCGAAUGUUGGCUCACGACAAUGAGAAUAUUGUGAAAUUCAUGAGAAGCUCUUUCCCAAGAUUAAACGAAUUCGAUCAAUUGCAAAGGAAAGUUCUCUACCGAUCUUGCUUUGCCAGUUACAUGUUGUUCGACUCAGCUUACCGAACUUAUCUACAAUCAGGCGAUGAAAAUGAUCGUUGGUAUAUCUCUGAUGGAAACUAUAUUGAUAUGGCUGAUGUUGGGUAUUAUUAUUCGGCAUUUGAAGGUUCUUCUUUAUCACACGCUGAUGCAUCAAGUUUUAGUCUUUUCCGUCCGACUUUCUCUAUGUUUGUUCGAAACAUUUUACAGCCGAUGAAACUUUUGCGAAUGACUGAUAUGGAAUUCUUUGCUUUAAUUGCCCUGACUUUCUAUUCACAUGGCGCUGAUGGAGGCACCGGGGAAACUGAUCAGAAAGCAAUGGAAGUCAGAGAUGCGAUUUUGAGAGAAUUAACAUUUUAUUACACUCGUUUCGCUUGUUUCAAGGAUUACCCAUUGAGAAUGGCGCAAGUGAUGUUGAUGUUGCCGUCGAUUCAUCGAAUCACUACUCGUUUCCGCGAAGAUGUCGAAAUCAAUAAACUUUUCAAUACGGAUUUCGGCGACGAGAAAAUCUAUGACCUCAUCAAUGGAAAAGGGCAAAUC